CACCCUGUUUCCUCUCGGGCUCCCACCACGGAUCAUGUACCAGGAUUAUCCCGGGAACUUUGACACCUCGUCCCGGGGCAGCAGCGGCUCUCCAGCGCACGCCGAGUCUUAUUCCAGCGGCGGCGGCGGCCAGCAGAAAUUCCGGGUAGAUAUGCCAGGAUCUGGCAGUGCCUUCAUCCCCACGAUCAAUGCCAUUACCACCAGCCAGGAUCUCCAGUGGAUGGUGCAGCCCACAGUCAUCACCUCUAUGUCGAAUCCAUACACCCGCUCCCACCCCUACAGCCCACUGCCAGGCCUAGCCUCGGUCCCGGGACACAUGACUCUUGCAAGACCUGGGGUGAUCAAAACCAUCGGCACCACCGUGGGCAGGAGAAGGAGAGAUGAGCAGCUGUCUCCCGAAGAAGAAGAGAAGCGAAGAAUUCGGAGAGAGCGGAACAAGCUUGCUGCGGCCAAGUGCCGUAACCGACGCCGGGAGCUGACUGAGAAGCUGCAAGCGGAAACAGAAGAGCUGGAGGAAGAGAAGUCGGGGCUGCAGAAGGAGAUAGCUGAGCUGCAGAAGGAGAAGGAGAAGCUCGAGUUUAUGCUGGUGGCACAUGGGCCUGUGUGCAAGAUCAGCCCCGAAGAGCGUCGGACCCCGCCAUCCCACAGCCUGCAGUCCAUGCGCCCCGGCAGCGGGGUAGGUACUGUUGUGGUGAAGCAAGAGCCCUUGGAAGAAGAGAUCCCAUCCUCCUCCUCUUCAGCCCUGGACAAGGCCCAGAGGUCCGUCAUUAAGCCCAUCAACAUUGCUGGGGGCUUUUAUGGGGAGGAGCCCCUCAACACCCCUAUUGUGGUGACCUCCACUCCAGCCAUCACCCCGGGCACCUCCAACCUGGUCUUUACCUACCCAAACGUGCUGGAGCAGGAGUCCCCCGUGUCCCCUUCUGAGUCAUGCUCCAAGGCCCACCGGAGAAGUAGCAGCAGCGGGGACCAGUCUUCAGACUCCUUGAACUCUCCCACUCUCCUGGCUUUGUAACCCAGCUGGGUGCUGUCCUUCCCAGCUCUGGAGGGGAAUGAAGGGAAGCCACCCUCCACCUUCUCCACUGUCUCCUUCCCAGGGACCAGCACACUGGCAAUGAGUGACAGCAGAGGAGAGGGACACUACAGGAGAGUUUGGCUCUGGGGAGAAUGAAGUGGACUCUGGAGAUGAGGAGUACGAAGGACCGCAGGACAAACCAGUGGAUGAAGUGGGGACUCCCUCAUUAAUCCCACAGGCAGUUCCUGUUACCUUCGAAACUUGGGAGAAUUCUGUUUUGUGGAUUCGUGUAUCUCCCUGAAGUUGGUCUGGACCAUUGCUUUCCCUUUCUUCUGAUAUUGUAUCUUGGAGUGACGGUUUCUUUCCUUGGCUUCCUUUCCCCCAUGGUGGCACAUUCGGUGCCUUCCCUCCCACUCAAACCAUUCCUGUUCAGCUUGAUUCCCCUUAUAUCGAUUUCUCUCCCUUUUUUGUUUCUCACCCUUCCGGGACAUUUCACGAGGGUGGUCUCAGCACUUAAGACUCCCUUAAGAAUCUUUAUUUGUUUCUGGAGGUAGGGCUGUGAGUAAAUAAUUUUCCUUGAGUCUGAAGUGUGUGGCUUGGGAUACUGGGCCUAAAACCAGGAAACAAGCCACCAAAGGCUCCCCCAGAGACAUGUCCCAUCCCUACCUCCUGGAGCUCUCGAUAGAGACAACUCCGUGGCCUUUCCCACCCUCUGUGCAGAGCUGGGGAGAGGCAGUUGCUGUUCUAAGAAGAAGGUGUUCGUGGAGGCAGGAGAUGAGAGGCACAGCUCCCCGUGGGUGCGUGCCUGCGUGUGUGCGUGCAGUCAGAGCUGGCUUUGCAAAAUGCUUAAUUACCAACCCAGGAAUAGCGCCAACAAAGCCAGGAGGGUGCCAGCACUGGCUUCCCCCUCUUCGCUGCUGCCUCGAACAGGGCGUCUCCCAUAAUUACUGCCUCUCCACUUGGGCCAGGGACCCUUCUCUCUCCCGCCUGCCUGCCUGCCUGCCUCUGGAGGCCUCCCUCCCCUGGGAAUCAAGGCAGCCCUCUCCAGGCUCCACCCUCUCCCCCUACAGACGCUCAGAGUGACGCCACCCACGGAGUUUUAAUGAGCGUGGGCCAACUCUCCCCAUCCCUACUGAGGCGGCCCCUCCCCAGCACUGAGGGGAGACACCAUGAUAAAGCAUUGGCCUAGGAUAAAAAGGGAAUGGGGAGAGGGGUGGGGUGGAAGAAGGAGGUAGUUGCUAGGAUGGUUUUUUGCAGCUCUCUCUGGCACCCAAGCGCAAACAGACCAAUCUCAACCCCUAUGCCCUUACUUGUCUCUGUUAUUACACUGAUGAGGACAGCUCCUGUCCCCUCUGGCACUUUGCUACCUGGUGGAUUGAGAGUUUUUUUCCACUUUAAUCUCCCUCCUCCCCCAACCUUCUCUUCUGAUCCAGGCAAUUCAAUGAUGAUCACUAGUAUGGGGUCACUGAGCUGAUUUUGCUUAUUCAGAGUGGGGCCAGAUCUGUUUGAUCCCCCUGCCUGCUAAUGGCUGAGGUAAGCUUUCUCCUCCUGCUGCUGUGGGAGAGCAGAGAGCCUCAUUUUACAUGUGGGAAGAGAGUCAUCUGGCCUCCAUUGAGAAUACAGCUUCUGCCAGGCCCAGCCCCUUUCCCUUCACCCCUCUAACUAAAGCCUCAGGUCCUGGGGUCAGGUAGGGGAUUUUCUUUCGGGUCCAUUAACUUGGUUCCUAUCAAUCCUCCUGAUCAGUAACUAAUUGAUCCAGUCACCUUGGCAAGGUUUUCCUUUGGUUUAAAUCCAUUCCCACAGAGGCAUUCCUUUGAAGGAGACCCACUUGCUGGGAAUUAGGCUCCAAAGAUUGGGUGUUAUUUUUUAAAACAUUUACUUCAAUCAAGCCCAGUGGGGGCGGGUUUUCUAAAUCGGACACUGGAGUGAGCAAUGAGAUGUUAAACUGCUUCAUUGGCUCACUCAGAUCAAUUACAUGGCCAUAUCUAAUAUAGAUUGGGCACCCAACAUCCAUUGGUCACCUAGGAAUUUGACAUAGCUCCUUUCUACUGGUCCCUUAUGGCUGGGGUAGUGUGUGUGUGUGAUUGCUACAUAAGAUGCUGGGAAAACCUAGAUUAGGAGGAGGAUGGGAUCUCAUUAAAAAUGUACAUUUUUCUUAAAACAAAACACUUCAGUGCAAAAUGCUUUAAAACCAGUUUCGUUUCCACAUUCCCUGGCCCUGUUAGAAACUCCUUCAUGAUUGUCCAGGAGGCUCUGAGAACUCGAUCCCUUAAGUAAACUUGAAUGUUUUGGGUUUCUGACUUCCAGUUAAGCAAAGAACUCCUGAGUCAGCCAAGACCCAGCAUGAGGUGGUGGAAAGUGAAUGAGACAGGCCUUACUCUUAAAGGGUUAAUCAUCUCUAGUUGCAUUGGUAUCCAAGCUGGAGCCCUUUGCUUUUAUAUGCAUAUACAUAUAUAUAUAUAUAUAUUAAAUGAAGCUGCUUUUUUCUGGUCUUAAAAAUACCCUUUACUUCCCUCUUUGCCCAGGACUGACCUGAAGGUAGGUCAAGUCUCUUCCACUGAGGCUACUCUGGACAAUGAAUAGGCAUGGAUCGUGGGGCUUCAUUCAUUCAUUCAACAAGCAUCUCUUAAGUACCUACUAUGUGCCAGGAACUCCACUAGGCUCUGGGGAUACAAAAACAAGCAAAAGUGCUCCCUAACCUUGAGUUCACAUUCUUCACAUUUAGAUCAAUCAGGCAACAAACAUGAAGUACCUACCUUGUCCCAGUCACUGUUAGGUAAUAGGGGCACAAAGACAAAAAUGAUAGUCCUUGCCUUCAGGGAUGUUUGUUGAGUGGAACGGAAAGCCAUGUUGACUUUGGGACCAUUUGUAGGCCAAAGCUAGGUGACCCAUAUAACACCUUCAGAAGGUCUUAUAGCUCGAGGCCUUCUCCACUCAGGACCUGCUCUUCUGUGGAAGCUCUCUCAAAGAUAAUGGUUUUAUUCAGGGAAGAUGAAAUUUGCACCUACGUGAUGAUUAAUAUCUUCAGUUUUCUGACCACUCCUUCCAGGGAAAAGUCAGAGAGCUUGAUGCAUCUACACACAAAUACACAUAUUAUUUCUCCAAGCAGGAGUUAGUGUCAGGUCAGCUAGAAAAGAGUGUUGGAGUUGAGUUGUUUGGGAUGGGGACUGCUCUGUUUCCCAGGGUAUCAGGGUCAAUGAGGCAGCUCUUUAGUCUGGAGUCAGCCUGGGCUGGGAGCAGCUUUCUGAGAAGACCAGGGCAUGUUCUGAGCCAGAGUAUGGAACGCCCAGUCCUUUCUGCUGCCUGGCUGACCUCUCUGAGAACAAGCUAUUCUCUGGCUGGACUGAGGAGGGCCAACUGACUGGGAAGGGAGGGAGGAUCUAGGUGAAACUUAGAAAAUUGCCAGGGCCAGUUCCAAGAAAAGAAGAUUGGUUUUUGUUUUUUUGGGGAAAAAAAUAAACAUUUUCUUCUGCCUGCCUGGAGGGCCGUGCACAUCCAUUCUGGUCCAAUGUCUUGAGUCAUCCUCUGAAGAAUCUGACAAACAAAGCUAAGCAGAAGCUGCUGGUGGUGUUUCUCCUUUCUGCCUCCAUGUAGGCUUUGCCCUUCGUUGGGCUGCAACCCUCCCCACAGCUCAUGCUCUGGAGAGAUGAAAGGUUUCUUCUCCUUUUCUUGUGGAGCAAUCAGUGCUGGUCUGGUCCCCCGGAUCUUACCCCUGCUGGGUAGUUUUCCUUCUCUAACCAGACACCCUGAGAACUACCUGUUUCCUCCUUUGUACCUCUAACACUUCCUGAGGUUAGAGUUGAGGGGACAGUGUCGUGCCCGCUAGGGUUCCACAGUAAUGAUCAAACAGCUUGUUAGAAAUGAAAGGGUUAUCAUUACAGUAGCUGCUGUCUUUGUCUCCCUGUCUCCUCCCUUUUCUUCCUCCCAUCCUUCUUCCUCAUCCUCUUAAUGAGGGGACUGGACUAGAUGACUUCUCUGAUCCUUCACAGCUCCAAAUCUCUGACCCUCUGAUUCUCUUCCUCCUCCUCCUCCUCCUCCUCCUCCUUUCCCUCUCCUCUCCCUCCCUCUCUGCUUUCUUCCUCUUCUCUUGAAGUUGACAUUUUCCAUCCCUCUACUUUGCUUCAUCUCCUGUAAAGAAUGGCUUUGGAGUCAGCCAUGAUUGCUACCUUUGUGAGCUUUGGGCAAGUCACAAUCUCCUUGGGCCUCAGUUUCCUCAUCUGUAAAACAGCAGAUUAACUGGUCUCUGAGGUCCCUUCAAGCUCUAAAUCUAUGAUAUGAUGAUACUCUUGCUUCUCCUCCUUCUCUUAGCACCUUUACUUUGGAGGUACAGUCCAAGGCUAGCUAGUCUAGGACAAGAUGGUUUUGGCCGAUACGAUUUUAUUUUCAGUGCUUAACCAAAUCUGUUUGAAGCCUUCAUCAUUUGCUUGUUUAGCCCUCUUUUUAAAAGCCAAGAUCUCCUUGUUGGCAGGCAAAUGUGUAUAUGUGUGUGACUGCUCCAGCAAAUAAAACCCAAUCUAACCACCACUAACAAAAACUUCCCAUGUUCCUUCCCCCCCCCUAAAAAUUAAAAAAGGGGUUAUUUUGUGUGUUUUUAUUUCCUAAAUCCCCUAGCAUGCUAGCAACAGCAGGAUCCUAAAGGGGUGGGUCAAACAUUGGGGGAUGGAGGGAGAACACAAUCUACAUUUAUUUCAUUAUUUAUUAAAAUGUUUACAUUUUCUUUGUGUUAUUCUAAACCUGACUAUAAAAAGAAAGCAUUAAAAUACUCAGUUCUGGGGUUGUUUUUUUUGGUAAGAUUUUUUUUUAGGCUGAUGAUGCUUUUUUUUUCCCUUCUAAAAUGGUUUGUGACUUGUGUUUGUAUAAAAUGUACAAAGAGGUUUUGUGUCUAAAAAUGGAUGGUCAUUCCUUUUGGGGCAGAGGUCAGGAAGAAGUCCAGCAUGGUAUGAAAAUAUGAUCAGAGCCCUGUUCCCUAGAAAUUGUUUUCUCUCCCUGUGUGAUUAAAAGUCAGUUCCAUUUAUUCUAGUUUGUGGUUAAUUAAUAGUGAAAAAGAAACUACUCGUCUGUGUAUAGAGAAUAGGUAUCAGGGUGUCUUUUUUUGGCAAGGGGAGGAGAAAGGAAUUGUAUAUAUUUUGAUAUAUGUUCAAAAUAAUAAAUCAUUGUGUAUUAGGAAUAUGUCGUUGACAGACAUUGAAGUCUGCUUUAAAGACCUUGAAAGGCAAAACAAGUCCAAGAAGAUUCAUACGGAUCUGUGGGGAAUUGAACUAUUUCUUGAGCAUCAGUUUGGGCUUUUACUUUUUUUCGGUUUCCUUCUUAAAGUGACAGUGAUUUUUUGCCUGGGAUGAGACCCAAGG